CAAUAGAGUGGGGAGGAGCAGCAGCUCUGUCGGCGUCCUCUGUCAAUCCGAAGACCGUUGAUACUCUGCAGGAAGAACUGCAACGUGCUUACAUCAUGGAGAAACACCGCACCCUGAUGAUGCGGUUAUGGAGAAGGUUCGUUCCAUGAAAAGCGGGCUCACCGAAGCCUUCAACAGCCCUCCCGAACUUUCCUGUUUGCACUCGUCUCUAACCUCCCCCAAUUCCAGCCGCCGCUUCCUCCUGGCCCCAUCACCAACCUCCACCCGUGCCCCGUCGCCGACACACGCUUCCUCCCUCACCGCCGCGGUGUUUCCUCCCCCGCCGCCCGGUGCUUCCUUCCCCGCCGCUGUGGCCCUUCCUCCCCCGCACCCCCACCAUCGCCGGCAUCCUCGCUCCCCUGCUCCACCAUCGCCGCGGCAACCUCCCCAGAUCUCUACAACCGCCACAGCCGCACCCCGCCUCCUCCACCCUCGCCGUAGUUCCACCUCCCCAGCCGCCAAAGCGCCACCUCCCAAGGCGCCUCUCUCCUCCAGCCCUGACGCGCGCGACCCACCGGGCGCCGCACGUGCAUCUUCGCUGCUCCGCUUCCCGGCUGCCGGCGAGUCAUCCGCCACGCUCCCCCGACACCAGCGAGCCAUCCGCCCCGGCCCGGUCCCCAGUCGAAACCCAGGACCCCCGUUUCUCCUCCCUCCAUCCGGCCUUCCGUCUGCUCGUGGCCGGGCGCCUCUGUCCUCCUGUCCGGCUGCUGUAGGGGAAGAUUUCAGAUGCUGAUAUUCAGCGUAUUGCCAAAAGAGUUGGGUGAACAAAUGCACUCUCCAAAUGACAUCCAAGAAAAUAUUUUCAAGAGGCGGAACAAAAUAUGGUUAGCCAUUUUAUCUCUCUUUGUUGUCUUUGUUUUAAACCGAUAUGCACAUAAUUAGACUAGCCUGCUGCUAUUGUUGUUGAUCGUCAGGUUGGCCAUGCUCGAUCCGACCAAGAGGAGCAGCAGUAGUAGGUACUGGUGCAGAUUAGGGUGUGUGGUGAUGCGAGGAGAAGCCUGUGCACCAUUGCCACUGGCCUCCUCUAGCUCCGUCGAUGGCUACUUCCUUCUUAUUGCUAGUACAGAAAAGAAUGAACUACGGGUUGCUUCUGCCUCAUGACCAAAGUGCAUGCAUUUUUCUCUAAACCGCUUCCUUUCUUCUUGCAGACUCCUUCCUCUGAACCAAGUACUGCUAUUCUUGCCUUUAUGUACUCACCAAAAACAAAAUCAAAAGUGAGAGAAUAGUGCUCGGUUGUGAUACGAUAAGAAAUGUGCAGUGGUGAGAGGAUAGAGGAAAAAGGACACACACUGCUAUAGAGAAACCAACUUGUGGUGAAUACUUGUUUGAUUAUGUUUGCUAGUACGUAACAAAAUAGUAGUUCACACUUCAGGGCGAGGUGGAUUUGGACUUCAGCGGCAGUACAAAGAGCACUUCGGGAGCACGUGGUGGGCUCAGAAAAACUCGUCCCCGACCACAACGGCGCGAGGAGGCCGAGCUUCUCUACCAUGGUCGUGCUCUUUUUUUGGUUGAGCUUCCAUGCUCUUUAACAAAUAAAUUCAAAUAUAAUGAAUCAUAUGUGUUCC